AUGGCGCCAGUGGCCCUCAUUGCCUGCUUUCCCUGCCGCCACAGCAAAAGACGCUGCGAUAAAUCUCUACCAACAUGUCAGCUUUGCAUCCGCAAGGGAGUGGAUUGUUGCUACCCUAAGCGUCGAGCCCAGAAAUAUAUUGUUCUGCCGGAGAGCAAUGGAGUGACAAAAGACACUGUACCGACAGGGAAUGAUUCAUCGAUAAACAGAGCAGGUGGUAGCAACCGCUCGAGUGAGUGGGAUCAACAAUCGCCGUUGGAAGUUUCAUAUGCCACACCCAGUGUCAUCCAAUCAUUUGGCACGGCUACAGCUAUUCAGUUCAUCGCACCCAGCAUUUUCCGCGAAGCUUUUUUGGAGAUUCCGCGUAUCAACAUCGCGAUUCCCAGCGAGGUUGCUGCCCACACAGGAGAAUUCGACCAAAUUCGCGAUAUAUCUGCUACAUUCUUCUCACAAGUUGUCAUAUGGACUCCCGUUAUCUUUCGAAAGAAUUUCUUCAACAUUGCCCUCAAUCCAUUGUCCCCCCGACGGACUGAAGGUAUUCUACUCUCGUUAUGUAUGAAGCUGUACUGCACACCAGCCGCCCAAGAUCACAGAGAUGGGAGAACAGCGCUCUAUAAGGCAACAAAACAAUUCUACUGUGAAGUAGAAGCUGCUGGAAUCAUGUCCGUCUGUAUUUUGCAAUCAGCUAUUUUGAUUGCCAUCUAUGAGAUCGGACACGCAAUCUAUCCUGCUGCCUACUUGACUGUUGGAGCAUGUGCCAGGUAUGGCAUUGCGCUGGGCUUAGAUAAGCUGCUUGUGGAUUUGACUGGAGAAAAUAACGCGGGGAGACCUUGGAUGGAAGUAGAAGAGAUGAGGAGAGUUUGGUGGGGGAUUCUAAUAUUAGAUCGAUUCCUGAACCUUACCAACCCAUUGAGAGGCCUGACCACGAAAGAUCCGGAGUAUGAUGAUUAUCUUCCAGUAGAUGACUGGACAUUUUUAAAUGCGACUGCAAAGCCUCAAGAUAAUCUCAAAAUAUCUGCUGCUUUCAAUCUUAAAAUGGGCGUGUUUACAAGAUUAGCACAAGCAACUUAUUUGGUAAACCAGGCUCUCAAGUUUGUGUCGUCCCUUCCGCCGCCUAGUGACUCAGAUACAGUCGAUAUUGGGAAGGAUACAGCGCAACUACGACGCACAAUUUGGGCAUUGAUCUCUGUAACCAAGACAGAGUUUGACGCUCAUGAUCUUGCAACUUGCUGUCAAACUGCGAUCUCAUAUUGUGCUAUAUUGUUACUUCAAGAUUGCCAUUGGCGGCGAGUGCGUAUCUCUUCAACUGAAGACGCUUAUAAACACAUGUUUGCAGAAUCGGAAUGUGUUUUGCAAAACUUGGCUCUACUGGCAAUCUGUCUUCGUAAAGACGCGGAAGAAGGAAAGAGCCUAGGUGAGGAGUUUCCAGUGUUUCUCAUGCAAAUAGUCUAUCAGGGAGCCUUGACCACAAUUGAAAUGGGUCAAGGGAGCCCGAAUGAAGAAAUCCAGGAAAGAGUGGCACAAUAUAAGUGGCUGCUCCAGCACUUACAGUCCAGAUGGCGGGUAGCAGGUAUAUAUCUGUCCAUUUUGCAAUCAAAAGAAGCAAUAAUGGCGUCUAUUGCUUAA